AUGGAAAAUAUAUACUUACCAAGAACCGACAAGAUUAUAUCCGUGUGGGAUGCAUUGGCCGAGUUUCAGAAAGAACUAUACCCGGACGGAAUGAACAAGAUCGUAGAGUCCGAUCACGACAUAAUGGAAGCGAUGAGCCUAGGGGGUGCCGAGUUCGAUAAACUGCUCGGUUCGGUUGAUGUUGGGCAGCUGUCCAGUCCAAAAGACAUUCCAGUGAGACCGUUUCAUCCGCAUCGGAUUACCUGCAAACAGAAGAUGGCAGAGAUGCCACCGAAGGCGGGACGAUUCAAAUGCGUGCAACGGGCAUUCGCUAGAGAGAAAGAUCAACGCAACAUAGACGUGAAGCUACGGUACAAUCAUCAUAAAUACAUGGAGAGAAAGCAAGAUUCGGAAACGAUUAAGGAUUUGGUUCCAUUUCAAGAGAUGGUGCUGAUAUUGCGGUUCUACGAGCCAUUUAAAUAUAAACCCGGACGACGUGUAGGCCAUCCAAAGUUUCACCAAGAGUUUUAUGUGCUUAGCUCGCAGUACUUGACUGAGCUGAAGGACAAAAUAUUUUGUCAUUGCGAUUCGGGACCGUUCUACGAAAUCAGCGAGAACAGAACGGCAGAAACGACGGAAUCGAUACCAAAGUCUGGGUUCUUUUUUAUUCACGAUACGUUCUACAAUGACUUCCGGGAUGAUGCGAAUCAUGACUAUUCGGAAGUGAUACAGAAAUGGGCCGAACGUCAGUCGUUGAUCGGAAAGCUAAAAUCCAAUCGGAUGGAAGAUACAUGCUUUGGAGAUUUAAAAUUCCGUUUAGGCUAUCCUCAGCUGUACCAACAUCAAGGGAACUGUGAACAUUUAUUCGUAGUGAGUGAAUGUAGGCUGCUGGCGUCGUCCGACAUUUUAACGAGGGAUCGAUAUCCAUUUCUCAACUCGUACGGGAUAGGUCGAGAUGUUCCUUGCAACGUUUGCAGUCUCUGUCAAGCGCAAUUCAUUGUGCAGAACAGUAAUAGACACAUUUUCGAUCCUGCGUACGUUUGUGAAAAUUGCCUAGAGUUGUACCAUUACGAUGAGAAUGGACAAAAGAUAGGAGAAUUCGAUUUGUACAAAUUCUCUCUUAUGAUGAUUCGUAAGACCGACGAAACGGAAGGCGAAGCAUCGACAUCACAAUAA